CCCCCCAAAAGAAAAGAAGAACUAACGGCGAGUAAACAUUUUCCGUGAACAAACGGAAGAGAAAAACGGCGUUAGCUCUACCCCCUAUAUAAAUACCACAAACCAAUCUCUGUUCUUGUCUCUUUCACUAAUUCAUUCCUGUUUGUCUCUGUACAACAUAUUCUUAACGUACACCACCCACUCGCACCAAAUCAAAUCCAAAUCUUCCAGUUUCCGAUCACAUCACCGGACCGGACUUCCAGAAGAUUCGCCGGAGCAUCUUUUUCUGUAUAAAUGUUGCAACAUUAUUGAAAAAACCUACGUGUUUUGAAGUUUGAUAAGAGACAAGAUCAGAGUCUGUGAAGGCCAGUCGUUUUCGAAGAGGAAUUAUUAAGGAAAAAGAAGUUUUGUAUUUUGGUUAAGCAUAUAAAGAAGGAUCGAAGUAGAAAAAGAUGCUGACGUGUAUAACAUGUUCCAAGCAGCAGAUAGAAGAUGGAGGAGAGGAAGUGGGGGCGCGUGGGACUCCAAGCAGUAAAGAAACCGUCAAAAGCCUCACGGCGCAGAUCAAAGAUGUUUUGAAAGUUUCCGGUCCUUCGAAGGGGAAACCUCCAAUAGCGCCUAGUAGUUGCAAGAAUGGAAAAAGAGGUUACCCGGAUUUUGAGACGAUAACCGAAGGGGCUCAUUACCCGUAUAUGCAACCGGGAAGCUCGAGCUCUACUCCUGCUUGGGACUUUACUAGUAAUGAUCCACAUCAUACAAGUGGAGGUUACGAGCCACCUAGACAAUCGGGUCAUUUGGUUUUGGAGGAUGAAGAUGAACCUAAAGAAUGGAUGGCUCAGGUCGAACCGGGUGUUCAGAUCACUUUUGUUUCGUUACCUAAUGGCGGAAAUGACCUUAAACGGAUUCGAUUCAACCGGGAAAUGUUUGACAAAUGGCAAGCUCAAAGGUGGUGGGGUGAAAACUAUGACCGAAUAAUGGAGCUUUACAACGUUCAAAGAUUCAACUGUCAAGCUUUAAACACGCCUUCUCGUUCUGAAGACGGGAGAGAUUCUACUUACUCGAGGCUCGGAUCAGCAAUGGAAAGUCCAAUGAUGAACCCAUCAGUUCACAAAGAGUGGAAUAGGAACUAUGGAGGCAACCCACAUUACAACGCAGGACCCAAUGCGUAUGGGGCUGGUGGGCCCAAGGGUGAGGUGUCAUCUAUGGAGGCAUCAAGGACAACAACUUCAUCUAGAGACGAGGCUUCAAUUUCCGUCAGUAAUGCUAGUGAUAUGGAGUCUGAGUGGAUCGAGCAAGAUGAACCUGGUGUUUAUAUUACAAUCAGACAGUUAACGGAUGGCACUAGAGAGCUUCGCCGUGUUAGAUUCAGCCGUGAAAAGUUCGGGGAAGUGCAUGCAAAACUUUGGUGGGAACAAAACCGGGAGAGAAUACAAACUCAAUACCUUUAAUUAUACCUUUAACUAUACAAGGACCGACUACUCGAACGUGUUAACAGCAUCUCGUAUGAACAUGAUAUACAACCAUUGUUUGUUCACUAAUCAUAUCGUUAUCGGGGUUCUAGAGGGUGAUUUUUUUUUUUUUUUUUUUUUUUUACAUUAAGGUGCGGAUUUAGGGAUCUAAAACUUUUAUGUUAUAUGUAAUGGUGCAUCUCUUUGACGUUAAAUUAUGAGAGGGAUUUGAUGUUCCCUUUUAUGGGGGUUUAGAUUGUGUUUGUAAGUUGAAAUUUGAAGUGUUGUAUCUAUUUGUUUAUUGGUUAAAUUAUGAGGGUGGGUUUGUUGGA